UUAUGUUCACACAAACAAUUAUUAACAUGUUUCUUUUAAUCAUUCUCUUUCUAGAAUAUACUUUAAGAAACAAAACGUGGUUAAUUACUUCAAUUCUACACUUCUCUCUGUAUUUAUUUAUUCCUUCAAAACGUCCCUCCUCUUUUCAAAGAAAUAAAAAAUUAUACUCAAACAUGGAUACUUCUGUUCUUGCUUAAUUAACAUAUUUCACCAAAGUGCUUUUUAAUUUUUGCNUAUAAAUUGCUUAAUAAAACAAAAAUAGCAUAAUAAUAUAAAUAAUCUAAAAUAUCACAUGUCUAAAAUAUGUAUAAAUUCUUAUAACAAUAAAGUUUAUUUGAAAUAUAUAUAUUUUCUGCAUAAUCAAUUUUAAACAUCAAGACUAUCUUUUUAAUUCCAUUUGAUUAGAGGAACGACUUAAACUUAUAUAAAUACUUUGAAUUGCUAAUUAAUACAAUCUUGAAUCAUAAAAGUUUCAAGAAAGUAGCGAAUUGAAAAUAAAUAGAUAAUGGAAGAAUUAUGUAAAAUAAAAUCAAUA